UCAUGGUAAUGUAAAUGCAAAUGCUGCCAUAAAUCAUACAUAAUCUCUCCCCUUAUCACAUUCUCUCACUCUUUCACUAGCAGACAGUCUCGUACACACACACGUUCACAAGGCCAACUGGCAAUAUUGAUUCAUUCGCAUAAAGAUAAAAUAAGAAGACGAAAGGAUUGUGCAAAAGGACACAACCAGUUUAGAAUUCUGGUGCAAUCCCCCUCUCUCUUUCUUAGUUUAAUGAUUUUUCUUUUUCUUUCUUUUCUUUUCUUUUUUAUCAAUUCUCCUUUUACUCCUUUUCUAACUUAUGCUGAGAAGAAGAACUACAUAAGAAGGAAGCACAAGGGGUAAGAGACAUUGGGAGAUAGAGCAAAGUAGCUACCUCUAGCUAGGUCCUCUACCACUAUAUAUGAUCUUUCAUCUUUCACUUUGAUCAUAUUUUCAUAUCAUACAAUACAUAUUGAGCAUCUAUAGAAAACACCAACCUUGGUGCCUAGUUAAUACUAGAAGAAAGAAAUGGAUUAUCAUCAUAUAUCUGCUGCUUCACAAUACAGUAGUGCUAGUGAAUCAGGCUGGACCCAUUAUUUGGACCAAUCCUCUCUUUCUGAAAAUUACUACCAGAGGAGAGGUGGUGUUGUGGAGUGUGAAGGAAAAGGAGCAAGAAUGGAGGAGUACUCUGAGGAAGAUUUGUCCAUGGUCUCUGAUGCUUCUUCUGGACCUCCACAUUAUGAUAAUGAAUGCUAUUGUCAGAAUUGGUAUCCUUGCCUUUCUUCUAAAGCCAAAGAAUCCCAAAAGAAGAACAAGAAGGUCAAAGAAUAUGGCAGAAGUCAACAGCCUUCACCUCUUGAUGACACCGCAAGCUCUCCUUUUUUCAACUCUUCCAAGGAGAGUCACAAGAAGCAAGAUAGUUUCUCAGGGAAUGGAGCAGUGGAGAGUGCAUUGGAUUUUUCUCAAUGUGUAUCUGCAACAAGAAUAAAGAGAAAGACAAAAUUCCAGAAGCACUUUGGUUUCUUAGAGUCUCUUGGUGGAAAACUAGCCUCAGAGGAACAAGGUGGUUUUGAUGAAGGGAAAUGAGUUCACUGUUUAUUGCUGCAUUGCUGUGGAAAGAGAGACCAGAAGAAUGGAUGUCAAAGGAGAGAAGCUACUCAAUGUCUGUCAAAAGGAACUUCUUUUCUUUUUCUUUCUUUCUUUCUUUUUUUCCCCUUUUUCUCUUUUCAUUUUUUCCAAAAUAUUGAAAAAAGAAAAGCUCUUAUGUUGUAAUUUUACCCUCUCUUUUUUUUUAAUCUGCUGCUAUGCUACUGCCUAUGCUAUUGGAAGCAACCUAAGAGAAUAUAGGAAACUGAAUAAGGUUUCUGUCCUCCAUUUUCUUUUGUUGUCAUUUGUGGCAGGCAUCUCUGGUACCUCCCAGGUUUUCUUCUUUGGAUACUAUCCACAAACUCCUCUUUCUUUCAAAUGGUAUUUACUAUUCAUUCUUUUUUUUAACGUCAAAUAUUAGUUUAUUAGUCCUGUUUGAAAUGUCAACUAGCUGAUUCGAAUCC